AAACCCGCGAAAAUCUCGAUUCGAGACCUAACAAUUGGGGUACCUUUAAAAACCAGAGGCACCCAAAAGAAUUAAAUUACAUUUCCGAUGUCAGCCUCCACCGCUUCACUUGACUUCGAAUCAGACUCCGGCUCCGGCGCCGACGCCGACGACCUACUUGCCAUCGCCAUCGAGCAACGCCGCGAACUCAUGGCCACCAUAGCCCUCGAUUCCGACCUCGAUCUCGCCUUCGACCUCCAGCUCCAAGAAGCCCUAGCCGCCUCCCUCACACUCAACCCCCAACCCUCCACCUCCUCCGCCGUCAUCCCCCAGCCGCGGCCGGACGAGGGCUUCGCCAAUUUCACCGACGUCCUGUCCGAUGAACUCCUCAAACUCGAGCAGGAACUGAAAGACCAAGCCGUUUCCGAGAUGGAGUUUAAGAAAUUGAAGAACGAUCUACAGCGUCGGAUCCAUGAUCAGAGAAUGGCGAUGGAAAUCUCCGAAAUGCCGGAGGAAGAGUGGGAAGAUUGCGGCGAUGAUUUUGAGCGUCCGUUCGGGGAAGGCACUUCGAAAGGGGAUAACGACGAGGUUUUUAGGGUUUAUUUCAAGGGUUUGGUGGAUAAGCAGUUGCCGAAUGGGAAAUUUCUGGGUGGGAUUGGCGUCGCAAUAUGCGAUUCGAGGGAUGAAUUGUUAUUUGAGUUGCGGAAGCCAUUGUUAGGCAAUGAUACGAGCAGGCGCUGUGUAGAAAUUCGGGCUCUGAUUGAGGGUCUUAGUGCUGCAGGGGAUCUUGAAUUGAAGAGGGUUGUUUUCUUUUGCGAUUAUUACCCCAUCUUCAAAUUUGUUACCGGCCAGUGGCUAUUAAAACAGAAGAAACCCGCGGAAUUGAUGAAUAAAGUUUUUGAUCUUAAAAGAAAGUUCACGUAUUGCGAGCCGUCUCUUGUUCCUAGAAACGACAUAAAAUUUGCAUUUAAACUAGCAAGAGAAGCAAUAGUUCUUCAGGAGUGUAGAGCCGCAGAGUCGAGUAGCUCCUGCACUUCAACCGAAACAUGUGUUAUUUGUUUAGAGGACGCAAAUAUCGAGCAGAUAUUUUCUAUUGACGUAUGUAUGCACCGUUAUUGCUUUUCUUGUAUGAAGCAACACGUGGAAGUGAAGCUACUCCAUGGAAUCCUUCCAACUUGUCCACAUGAAGGAUGUACAACUGAGCUGAAAAUCGAUAGUUGUAGCAAAUUCUUGACACCUAGGUUGGUCGAGAUUAUGAGUAUGCGUAUAAAAGAGGCUUCAAUUCCAGUCACGGAGAAAGUUUACUGCCCGUAUCCAAAAUGUUCGGCUUUAAUGUCUAAGAGAGAGGUUUUAGAGUAUUCGAAGAGUUCUUUAAUGGGAGCAGAAAUAUCUGGAGCAAGAAAGUGCUUAAAAUGCAACGGUCGCUUCUGCAUUGAUUGCAAAGUACCAUGGCACCAGAACUUGACUUGUUUCGAUUACAAAAGGAGAAACCCUCAUCCCCAUAUAGAAGAGGCGAAGUUAAAGAAUUUGGCAGCAACAAAUUUGUGGCGACAAUGUGUGAAGUGCAACCAUAUGAUUGAACUUGCUACAGGAUGCUACCACAUGACUUGCAGAUGUGGUUAUGAGUUUUGCUAUACUUGCGGUGCUGAGUGGAAAAACAAGAAGGCGACUUGCUCCUGCCCACUUUGGAACGAGCAUAACAUUAUAGAAGAUGAAUUUGAUGAUGAUGAAUUUGACGACGAAGAUGAAUUUGAUGAGGAUGGGGAAGAGGAAGAGGAAUAUGAAGAUGAAGAAUACUUCGAUGGUGAUUUGUUGUUGUGAGAUUACGUGUUCUAAUUUGGACAACUUUUAGUGGUUUUAUGAACAUCUUUUGAGUACCAUCUUGUAAAUAUGGUGCGUCGGUAGUAUAUUGA